CUCCAAGUUGCAACCCCGCAUCAGCAAGCAUAACAACUUUCCUUCAAUUUCGAUUUCGAUUCCUCAGUGUACCCUUACUAUAUACCUCAUACCAUAAUACAAAACACUGCUAUACCAACAUGUCUUCCUCUGCCGCCUGUAUCUUCUGCAAGAUCAUCAAGGGUGAUAUCCCUUCCUUCAAGCUCUUCGAGAGCGACAAGGUCUUCGCUUUCCUUGACAUCCAGCCUCUGAGCCGUGGCCACGCGCUCAUAAUCCCCAAGUUCCACGGCGAAAAACUCACUGAUAUCCCCGACGAGUACCUCAACGAAGUUUUGCCCGUCGCAAAGAAGCUCGCCAAAGCCGCCGACGCCACGGACUUCAACGUCCUCCAGAACAACGGCACGAUCGCCCACCAGGUUGUUCCACAUGUUCAUUUCCAUAUGAUCCCCAAGCCUAAUGAGACGGAGGGUCUCGGUGUCGGCUGGCCCGCCCAGGCUACGGACAUGGACAAGCUCAAGGCUCUCCACGAGGAGCUCAAGUCCAAGAUUUAGAUGUCACAAUGGCUGUGUAUACUCCGUACCGUGUCACUAGACCUGAUUUGAAGGCGUCUGGUGGCA